GGCUAUUUGAUAGAAAAACCUGAGUAAAGCUAGUUAAUUGUAAGUGAUAUUAUAAUUGUUGGUUGUUCUACUGAACAGCGAUGGGAAAAGAGAAGGCUCAUGUUAAUGUGGUCAUCAUUGGCCAUGUUGACAGUGGAAAGUCCACGACAACCGGACACCUCGUCUACAAGUGUGGUGGCAUCGAUCAGAGGAAACUGGACAAGUUUGAGAAGGCUGCAGCUCAGAUGGGGAAGAGUUCCUUCAAGUUCGCCUGGCUGCUGGACAAGCUGAAGGCCGAGCGGGAGCGGGGGAUCACCAUUGAUAUUUCCCUGCUGAAAUUCAACACCCAGAAAUACAACAUGACCAUCAUUGAUGCUCCUGGUCAUCGUGACUUUAUUAAAAACAUGAUCACUGGGACAUCUCAGGCGGAUGUUGCCCUCUUGGUGGUUUCUGCGGCGAAAGGUGAAUAUGAAGCAGGCGUGUCCAGAAGUGGUCAGACCAGAGAACAUGCCUUGCUGGCCUACACUCUGGGUGUCAAGCAGAUCAUCGUCUGCGUGAACAAGAUGGAUUUGACUGAACCGCCGUACAGCCAGAAGCGCUACGAAGAAGUGGUGCGAGGUGUGAAGGUCUUCCUGAAGAAGAUUGGCUACGAUGUUGCAGCAAUUCCAUUUGUUCCCAUUUCUGGCUGGACUGGGGAGAACAUGAUCACCCCAACCCAGAAGAUGCCAUGGUACCAAGGCUUUAAAGUGCGACAACGGGAAGGAACGGCGAGUGGGAAGACUCUGCUUGAAGUCCUAGACUCCAUUCAACCGCCCGUGCGCACCAUUAACAAACCACUACGGCUACCUCUGCAGGAUGUGUACAAAAUUGGAGGAGUUGGGACUGUACCAGUAGGAAAGAUCGAAACUGGCAUCCUCAAACCUGGCAUGACUCUGAUGUUCUCCCCUGCCAAGCUUACAGCAGAAGUUAAGUCUAUUGAGAUGCACCACCAGGGGCUGGACACAGCUCUGCCGGGCCACAACGUUGGCUUCAAUAUUAAGAACGUGUCCGUCAAGAACCUGCGGCGAGGAGACGUGGCUGGGAACGCUCAGCAGGAUCCUCCUUCAGAUGUCCACAGCUUCGAAGCUCAGGUGAUCAUCCUAAACCAUCCAGGGAAGAUAAAAACUGGCUACUCCCCGGUGCUGGACUGCCACACUGCCCACAUCACCUGCCGGUUCGUGGAGCUCAAGGAGAAACUUGACCGCCGUACAGGCAAGAAACUGGAGGACCACCCUCAGAUCCUGAUGUCUGGAGAUGCUGCAACAGUCAAACUAAUUCCUGUAAAGCCCAUGUGUGUGGAGAGCUUCUUCCAUUAUCCUCCAUUAGGCCGCUUUGCUGCACGAGACUUGAAGCAGACGGUUGCAGUGGGAGUCAUCAAGUCUGUGGAGAAGAACCACGGGUCAAAAGUGACGCACAAAACCCAAGUGUCUAAAUAAAACUGUUAAAAUGAGACUA